AUGUGUAACGCGGAGGUAGUUAAACCUUUACCACUAUCCCUGAGAGUGGUUCAUGUGCUGAGAUUAAUAUUUGCAAGUAUCGGGAAGUUUGUCUUAAGUUUGUACUAUGGAAACGAAGGAGAAAAGAUUCCACCGAUAUACGAUGAUAUCCUGAAACAGCCGGCUAUUGUAGUUGCGAAGAAAAUCCGGAAUAAAGAGAUCACGAGCGUGGAAGUGGUAGAAGCAUGUAUACGGCGGAUUAAAGAUGUUAAUUCUGCCCUAAACUUCUUCGUCGAAGAUCGAUUCGAAGCGGCUUUGAAGGAAGCACGCGAGGCCGAUGAACUCGUCCGAAGCGGUUCGAUGUCGGCCGCACAGUUGGAACAGGAGAAACCCUUCCUCGGCGUUCCAUUUACAACCAAAGACUGUAUAGGUGUCAAAGGAUUGCACCAAACAGCCGGUGUGGUACUUCGCAAGGAUGUUAUCGCUGAAAAGGACUGCGAUGUUAUCAUGCUGUUAAGACAGAAUGGUGCCAUCAUUUUAGGACUCACGAAUGUCCCUGAAUUGUGCAUGUGGUGGGAGACCCAUAAUCACAUCCAUGGCAGAACCAACAAUGCUUACAACACUACAAGGAUGGUUGGUGGUUCAUCUGGCGGAGAGGGGUGCUGCCAGUCUGCUGCUGGAAGCGUCUUCGGUAUAGGUUCCGACAUCGGUGGUUCGAUACGCAUGCCAGCCUACUUCAACGGAAUUUUUGGUCACAAGCCGUCGCGAAACAUUGUCUCAAACGAAGGACAGUAUCCCGUUCCGGAGUCUGAUUUACUGAAUUCAUUUUUAGGCAUUGGUCCAAUGACCAGAUAUGCGGUGGACUUGAAGCCUAUCAUGAAAGUUAUAGCAGGACACAACGCUAAGAAACUUAACCUGGAUGAACCUGUCGAUAUUAAGAAACUCAGGUAUUUCUAUCAGUUUAGUACAAAUGGUCCUUUGGUGGACGCUGUUGAUCCAGAAAUUAUAGCCGCCAUGAAAAAGGUCACAGAAUUCUUGAAAAAACAAUAUAAAAUAGAAGCGCAGGAGAAGAAAAUACCACUAAUGCGCAAGGCAAUGGCCAUUUGGUUCGCAAAUAUGAAGAGUAAGAAAAGGUUUGGUGAAUUUAUUAUGCCCAACGACAGUAUAGGCAGCAUAUUGUUCGAAAUGGUGAAAAAUGCAUUUGGACUAUCUGGUAACACAUUCAUUGGUCUUUUUACGUCACUGUUCGAUUAUGGAGGUGCUGAGGUCGGAAGCGAGAGAUACAAGCAUUAUCUCAAACUUCGCGACGAUUUAGAGAUGAUAUUUGUAAACUUGCUGGGUGAUGACGGCGUGUUCUUCUUCCCCACUCAUCCGACAACGGCACCGUACCACAAUGAACCGCUCGUCCGACCCUUUAACUUCUCUUACACUGCCAUCAUUAACUGCUUAGGACUACCAUCAACAACAGUGCCUCUAGGUUUAAGCAGGGAAGGUUUACCAAUUGGUAUCCAAGUGAUAGCCAAUCACAACCAAGACAGAUUAUGUUUCGCCGUAGCUGAAGAAUUAAAUCAAGCAUUUGGAGGAUGGGUGGAACCCCAAAAAUCAUAA